CUCUAUCUGAUUCUCUCUUUAAAAGGCUAGGAAAAUGAAAAAAUUGUCUUUUUCUUGACCAGCCUGUACACGUACACGCACAGGUCAGAAAACGCAUGGCGUACGUCCAUGUCAUACGUAACUGUACAUGCCAAGAAACUCGAUCUUCGCCGUUCACAUGUUCAUGUUGUCAGUCAUCAAUCAUGGCUUCGGAAAGAAGUUGUUUCCAGGCGAAUGAGUUGAACAUCUUAUAUUGAAGUUCGUGUCCCAAAGUGCCCAUUAGCAUCAAUGUGGAACAGACAUUACUGUGUUGGACCCGUUCGAUACUUCUCACAUAUUUCUGCCUUGAGAAAGAAGAAUAUGCAAUGGUGUGAAUUAAUACGCUCAAUAAAAAUGUUAAAUCAAGUCUAAUGUGUCAUUGACAAAUGAAAUGGUUGGCAAUAUUGCAAUGCCUGAGAGUGACCAUGCAUCAUUGCCUUGUACGUCUAUCCUAUUAUUUGAAUAUUAAUUUGACCAAUUAUUUUUAGGUGUUCGGUGGAAUGCAAGGCAAUAUUUGGCAACAGUUUUCUUCCAUUGAAUCCUAAUCAUUUCCGAAAAGUACUGCAAUCUUCAUUGAAAAAUGAAGUUGCAAUUUCGAUAAAAAGUAUAGUCCUUAUAUUCCCAAAGUGAAAUGUUGUUGUUGUUAGAUAUAUUAGUUUAUUAUAUUAUUAUAUUAGUUCUAAUAGUAUCAUGGUCAAUGGCAAUGCGUUCCCAAAAAUUAGUAUGUUUUCAUUUACGUAUUACCUGAGACUUACACAUGUUACUAAUUAUAAUUUAACUAUUAAUUUUAUUCUCAUAAAAUGUACUUUAAUUGUGUACCACCUUGUCAUUAUAAGGUCAAACUAUUACAUAAAACUAGUGUUUAUAACGUGACAAAACCUGUUACUCUCUUUAAUGGAUUCAUAUUUUUCUCAAAGUGGAUUAUUAUAGACUAGAAAACGUCUUUAAUUAUGAUUAAUACCAUGUGAUGAGGUUUAUUGGGCUCUUGAUGCAACUUCGAUUUCCUCAUCAGAGUUGUUGAUUCCAUAUAUGGCUCUAUAAUGUUGUAUCUUUGUGGAUUGGCGCAUAACUAACAUUCCAGUUGUCAAGACGCCUGCUGCAUGUCGUAGAAUAUUACUGACUAACUGUACUGAUCAGAAUCAUUUGAUUAUUUCUUCACAGCAUUAUCAUGGAUAUUAUAUUAGGAAUCUUCACACUUUUGCAUGGAUUACUUGUUUUUAUAUCAGCAGAAAAGGUUUCGAAGAUAAGAACAGCAAGUCAAUGUUUCAAGAGUAGAGGAAUUCCACGAGUCCAGUUUUCCUGCCCUCAAGACACUAUGAUCAAGAUUCACAGAGCCUUCCAUGGCAUCGCCGUGAAGGAUAGAAAGGAUCUUGAAUCUAGUGGGAAAUGUAAGUCUACCCAGCCUGGGAUCUCUACUAAUUGUACAUUCUGUGAGGGUGACUGUAUCGAUGACUCUAUGAACAUGGUUUACGACUGGAGUAACUGUAUGGGGAACACGACCUGCAACAAAAUAGUCAUGCAGUCAUAUAUGAGUAAAUGUGACACUAGAAAAUUCAGUGACUAUAUGCAAGUGGAAUAUGAAUGUGUAAAAAAGAACAAGGUGAUUGAUGUAUGUGGAGGGAUGGAGCAGUGGGCCCAGACAGCGUAUAUCAAAUCUCCUAAAUAUCCAAGCCACUACCCAAUAAACAAGGACUGUCUAUGUCGUAUUAAUACGGCAUACGGAAACAAAAUCAAAAUAGAGUUCAAGGAACUUCUCUUGGAAACCAAAGAAGGUUCGUGUAUAGCUGACUGGCUGAUGUUUAAAGAGAGAGGAAAGAAAGAGAGGCACUGCGGAGCAGUAUUACAGGGAACCAAGACCAUCUUAUCAAAUAGCAACUCGAUAUCAUUGCAUUUUCAUUCUGAUGAAAAUGAAAAUAAGACACAAAAGUUUCAGUAUUUCACCCGGGAUCUCAAGGGAUUUUGGCUUCAAAUUUCAGGUGACAAGACCAACACCUUACAGAUCCACUGUAGAACGCUUCAGCCCAAUGACAUUGAGGUGAUUGAGGUUGAGAAAGAAAAGAAACUUGAACUUGCCAGAGUUAAGAAAGCAAAAGAAGAAAAGGAAAGGAUGGAAGCCUUAGAACGUAAGAAGGAAGCCGAGAAAGAAAAACUGGAUGAAGAAAACAAAGAAAAUGACGUAGAGAAGAUUACUGGAGAUGAUGACGAGAAAUUAGAAGACGAGAGUAGCGCAGCAACAAAAUUUCAACUGACAAUCAGCUUGGUGGUGCUAACAACUGUGUUACAAUGGUUGACCUAACAACUGUGCUUCAAUGGUUGACCUAACAACGGUUGACUAAACUAAAUGUCAAUCAUUGAUGCUAAAGACUAUGGUACAAUGGUUUAAGAACUAAACUGCCAAUCAGUAAUACCAACAACUAUGGUGCAAUGGUUCAUUAAAUGAACAUGACAGUCAGUAAUGCUAAAAAUAUGGUACAAUAAUUGAUGAACUAAACACCUAUGAUACGAUGUUUAAAGAACUAAACAAAUGCCAAUCAGUGAUGCCAACAAUUAUGGUACAAUGUUUGUAGAAUUGAACUGACAAUCAGUGAUACUUACGGCUAUGGUACAGUGGCAGUCAGUGAUGAUAUAACUAAUGUACAAUGGUUGAAGAAAUGAACCAAUGAUACAAAGAUUGUGUAGUUAAUCAUGUCAUGAUACAUAAUCGUGACACAUCAGUGAAAACUGACUGAAUCAUGAUCUCUAUCAAGAAUGCAACUGUAAGGAAUGGAGCCAGAGAAUUGAAUGAUGUCUAUGCUCCAUCGUGCCAAUAUUAAUAUUAUGUCAGUGUCUCACUGACUACACUAAUUCUUCAAACAGUACCAUCAUUAAAGAUAAGUUCUCAAAAUCAUGAUGACCAAUUCCCCGAAUGGUAAUCAAAAUAUAAUUAUACCAUCACACAGGGAGUUUUCAUUCAAUAUGGAACAUGUACAAAAGAAGGACUUUUUAAUGGCACAUUGAUUUAUAGACGUCUCACUUGUACAUAUAGAUAUUCAAACCCUUCUGUAGGAUGUUCAAACUCCAGGGCGAUACGGCAAUGAUUAAAUAUGCAAACACUCUUGCAAUGUCUUCUUCAUCCUCGGUAUUAUGUAUAUAAAUCAUGCUUUUUGCAUAAGUAUUUGUGGAUAACACUCGUUUUGGACUUUGACUUACAUACAUGUACAUACUGUACCCAUACCAUUAUAUUAACAUAUUAAUUUGUUUUGUAAAUAAUUGUAAACAGUAAGUAAUAUACAG